AUGAGGAGCGGUCAGCGAAGGUAUGGAAGCUUUUCAGGGAGGAACCUCUUCGAGGAGGGCAUAUGCAAGAAGUGUGGCGGUCAUAGAACACUGCAUACAAAAGUGGACUGCAGUCGUCCCCAAGGUGCGUCAAGAUCGUGUGGUUCUCACACGUACUAUAUUCGCAACGCUCGCGGAAGGUGGGUGUGCUGCGGUCUGUGCUCCAUGUGCAGGAGGGGUGCUCUGAAUCCUCCGCAGUAGUGAGCACGUCGUAGACGGCUGUGAAUUUGAAGUGUGGGGAUUAGGACGAUGUAGUGCAACACGACUACUGUACAUCAUAUACAAUGCACAAGCGUCUUCAACCAGGACGAGUGGUCAAAGCAGCCAUUCUUCACGGGGGUAUCCUCUUGGCACAUGCCAAACUGCAUUUUGCAUGAAGCCUUGCAAUCAAUUCUUGAUACUAGUUCUGAGAUCAAUCAGUGUCAGCACAACUUUGUAUCGGGCGACGAACUAACGGAAGAAUCGUAUGCACGAUGUUCGUCCAUCGAUCCUUUUAGAAAUGUGAUAGAGGUAUUCAGUUUCGCCAACACUGCUUGCUUGCAAGACUCCUCUCUGUUACCUUCACCAUGCAAGAUAGAACAGGUAUUUAUGGCCCAAUAAAGAAUUAGGGCAAGUCUGUUGAUUCUA